GCCGUUACAUAAGGAGGAGUGGGGGAGGGGAGCGGGUCGAGCCGCCGUUUUGACGCGGCGGCCCCUUUAAACGCGGAGCCUGGGGUGCGAUGAGUGCGCGCCUCUCUGCUGCCCCCUCCCCGCCUCUCUGCAGUGACAAAUCCGCUCCCCGCCCGCCUCCGCCGAGCCCAGCCGAGCCGAGCGGCGCCGGGAAGCGCUGCCGCGCGGCUCUGCACCGCCCGCCCGCCGCGGAGCCGGCCAGCCCCAGUCCCAGCCCCCGGCGGCGCGACAGCAGGGAGCGGCGAGGGGCGCAAUGGAGGCUCCGCGCCUGGCGCACGCCAUGAGCAGCCCCACUAGCCCCUGCGAGGAGGUGAUCAAGAACCUGAGCUUGGAGGCGAUUCAGCUUUGCGAUAGGGACGGGAAUAAAUCACAAGAUAGUGGGAUUGCAGAGAUGGAGGAACUUCCAGUCCCACACAACAUCAAAAUAAGUAACAUCACAUGUGAUUCCUUCAAGAUUUGUUGGGACAUGGAUUCUAAAUCCAAGGACCGCAUUACUCAUUACUUCAUCGAUCUCAACAAGAAAGAAAACAAGAAUUCCAACAAAUUUAAACAUAAGGAUGUACCCACUAAGUUGGUGGCCAAAGCUGUUCCUUUGCCUAUGACAGUCCGCGGGCACUGGUUCCUGAGCCCAAGAACAGAAUACACAGUAGCAGUGCAGACAGCAUCAAAGCAAGUUGAUGGUGAUUAUGUUGUUUCUGAGUGGAGUGAAAUCAUCGAGUUUUGCACAGCAGAUUAUUCAAAAGUUCACCUAACACAGCUAUUGGAAAAAGCUGAAGUGAUUGCAGGCCGUAUGCUUAAACUGUCUGUCUUUUAUCGGAAUCAGCACAAAGAAUACUUUGAUUAUACCAGAGAGCAUCAUGGGAAUGCUAUGCAGCCCUCUGUUAAGGAUAACAGUGGCAGCCAUGGCUCUCCGAUCAGUGGGAAGCUGGAAGGCAUCUUCUUUAGCUGCAACACUGAGUUUAACACUGGGAAGCCACCCCAAGAUUCACCUUAUGGAAGAUACAGGUUUGAGAUUGCAGCUGAAAAACUCUUCAACCCAAACACUAACUUGUACUUUGGAGACUUCUACUGCAUGUACACAGCCUACCACUACGUCAUUCUCGUUAUGGCCCCUGUUGGAUCACCAGGAGAUGAAUUCUGCAAGCAGCGCCUUCCUCAACUAAAUAUAAAAGAUAAUAAAUUUCUGACCUGUGAUGAAGAAGACGGUGUCAUGGUUUACCAUCAUGCCCAGGAUGUUAUUUUGGAAGUAAUUUACACUGAUCCUGUGGAUCUCUCCCUCGGCACAGUUGCGGAAAUUACUGGUCACCAACUAAUGAGCUUGUCUACUGCAAAUGCAAAGAAAGAUCCCAGCUGCAAGACCUGCAAUAUCAGUGUUGGACGUUAAGACUUCC